CUUCACAGAACAAAAGCCCAGUCCACAUCCAAAUGUACCUCAGAAAGCCCAAAACAACACGCACAGAAGUGUGCCCUUUUCCCACUUUAUCCCCUUCAAAUGGCACACAACGCCAGCCGCAGGCCCUCCGCCGCCAUGAACCGCCACCAUCCGCCGCUUCCCAUCCACCCCCUCCCAGAUCCCGCCUUGGCCCCACCCACGACCGUCCAGGACAUAUCCGCUCGCUUCUCGAAGCUCCGGGCGAAUCACAAGAAGCACGCUCCUCACUCCUCCGAGCCCGGCCCGCAUCCUCAGCCCGACCCGAGUUUUCCGACCCGCCGCAAAGAUCCCACCUUUUCUCCAGCUUCGGACACCUCCUGCACCACUGCCCUGACAAAAUCGAUCAGCCAGAAGGAAAGAACCAGCAGCUUCAGGUCGGCCAUGGCCGCGAAAAUCGAUGUGAAUGAAAAACUAGGUUCAAGAAAACCGUGUUCCGACAAGGGCCUAAAGAAAGAUUUGACCUUUGUGCCGUCGGAGUUGGUUUUGAGCAGCUUGGAGAAACUCGAAGAGGUGAAGAGGGUUGAAGAAGGGGUUAAUGAGGGGUGGAGAAGAAGCUCUGUGUCUUGUAUACCGCCGGUUGUCAAUGGAGGGAGAAGAAGAUCAUUUUGCAGCUCGCAGGCUGAGCUGGCGAGUUUCUUGUCCGGCAGCGGCGUGAGGGUUGUGGCGGCGAAUAUGCCGCCGUUGAUGCAGAUUCACGCGGUGGAUUGUGCGAGGAAGGCGCGUGAUAGCCUGGAGAAGUUCACCGCAAAGACUCUUGCUUUUACACUAAAAAAGGAAUUUGAUGGGGUCUAUGGACCAGCUUGGCACUGCAUAGUGGGGACAAGUUUUGGUUCAUUUGUGACACAUUCAAUGGGUGGUUUCAUGUACUUUUCUAUGGAUCACAAGCUUUACAUCCUUCUAUUCAAAACCAAUGUACAGAGGGCAGAAAAGUAACUUCACAAAGCCUUUUGAGUUUGACACUGAUUUUUAGGGGGGAAAAUGUAUUUUUGAAAAGAUAAUGUUGCCCUCCUUUGUUUUGUACAUCGUUCGGGUGCUGCUAAGGAAAAAAAAUGUAACACUGUGGAGUGUGUAGCAUUUGCAUAUGACUCAAAUUGUCAAUGGCCCCUUUUUUUGUUGUGUUCUUGGGAGAAUUUGAGGCUUUGUGUAGGUGAAUGAUGGAUCAAAAUCACAUGAUGUCUAAUUGCCUUUCUAUGGUUAUCUAAUUUUGUCCCCCUGUUUUUGUAUUUGUUUCAUUAAACUAUAUAGUUGGAUACAUGAGAGAGUCCUUAUGUCAAAUAUUCGAUCACUUUUUUAACUCUAAAU